AUGGACCCAGGUAAACAAGAUGCCCUUAACAGUAUUGAGAAUUCCAUUUACAGAACAGCCUUCAAAUUACGAUCAGUGCAAACUCUGUGCCAAUUGGACUUGAUGGACAGCACCCUGAUUCAGCACGUCCUCUUACGUCACAGCCUCUGGGAAGCAAGAGAGAGCCCCCUCCCUGUGCAGCAGCUCUUUCGGGCUCUUCAGGAGCUGUUUCAGAGAGUCACGGUGGAAAAACCAGGACAGGUGCAUCCCAGAGCUUCAGAACUCACUCUGAGCCUUCUCACAACGAUGUAUGACAGCACAGGAACGGGUUUGCUCAAGCUUGUACCUGCAGCUGCUGCCCUGAUUGCUCUGUCCGGGGACAGCCCUCUUACAAAAUACAGAGCUCUUUUUCAGCUCUAUGCAGAAAAUACCAGGGGAGGUUAUGAUUCUGGGGCACACAUGACUCGAAGCAUUUUGAGAAACCUAUUAACAGAUCUACAGCAGAUCCCAACUGUCGUGGGGGAGAGUCGCGCUCUGUGCUCUGUGGAAAGCGCUACCCGCAGCUGUUUCCAAGGGGUGUUGAGCCCAACAAUCAAAGAAGAAAAAUUCCUGUCUUGGUUACAGUCUGAGCCUCCCAUCCUCCUGUGGCUCCCAACCUGCUACCAGUUAUCUGCCACUGAAAUGGUCACUCACCCUGUUCGGUGUAGAAUCUGCAGGAACUUUCCAAUCACAGGACUGAGAUACCGCUGUCUGAAGUGUCUCAACUUUGACCUCUGCCAGGCGUGCUUCUUUGCUGGGCUUCGCGGCGGGUCUCCCCAGAAGGUCCAUCCUGAGAUGGAGCGCUGCGUCCAGAUGUCAGCAAAGGAGAAUACCAAAUGCCUCGUCAUGACCCUCAGAAACAACCUGCUCCAAGGGCGCAGUAGGGGAAAAGACACUUCAAGAAGACGGUGGCUGCUGGACCAGGUGACUCCAAAGGAGCUGGCUAACAAAACACAGGCCAGAUUCCUUAAAAAACAGUUCAACCACUACAAAGACAAGUUGCAAGCCGUCUAUGCCCCACAGGAAGAAAAAAGUUGCAGAUUUGAGACCAAGAUUCCCGAACUUACAGCCAACCAGGAUAGCCUGUGGACCCAGCUACAGCAGAUGGGGCAGGAUAUCCAGCCAGUGUUACAGCCACUCCAUCCUUCAUCCUCUUCCUGUCAAAAUAGGAUUUCCAAGGGUGACCAUGGAAAGGGUGAAAGGCUUUGCAGGGAAGGAGAUUCUUCCCACAUCACGAAUGCCACUGAGGAUUGUUCAGAAUGGGAACCCCUUGCUUACCCAACCAUCAUUGACGGAAGUCGCCAAAGUCAAGCAAAUGCAGAGCAUGCUCUACCAAAUUCAGAAUCACCAGAGGCCGUUUUGCAGCUGAAGUCAACAGAAAGCACCAGGGCACAAAGGCAAGCACAAAAGAUCCCAAAGGAAAUCUUUAGCUCCCCACCUGUUUCCCAGGUAGGACCACCGCAGGACACCCCCCAGAUUGUUCCCGCCGAAACGAACAGUCCUGCUCUGGCACCGGCAGAAAGGAAAGAGACAGUUAACAUCCAGGAGGGAAAGGAUGAGCUAGAGGAAAAGGAACUGCAAGAACUGUUGUCAAAACUUACAGAUGUCUUCACUCUAGAAAUGCCGUCAGGCCCGCAGCCUUCGGUAAACAUGGACCUGUACUUUGGAGCUGAGUGGGUGUGCAAGGCCUUCUCUGCCCUUGUUGAUCAAAUCACCUUGUCUGACUUGAAGUGA